AUGGAGUUCCUGGGAACUAGCCAGACCGCCAGCUACUGCGGCCCCCGCAGGGUGUGCAGCCUGGCGACUCUGCCUCCCGCGGCGCAGCCGCAGACCCCGGUGAUCCAGGAGUGCUACCAGCCCUACUACCUGCCCGGGUACCGCUACCUCAACUGCUGGAGGCCCAGCCUCUUCUACAAGGUCUCGGAUGCGCAGACCUGCCCGGAUGAGUGCCGCGCGCCCCUGCGGCCGCCCACCAUCCUGCCCGCGCUGCGCUCCGCGCUCUUCUGUCGCCUCAGCCCGCGCGACUGGGACCAGGCCAACGAGCGGCAGGUGCGCGGGGCCGAGGCCUCCCGGCUGUGGGCCGGCAGGCUGACCGGCGACUCCCUGCGGCUCAUGCAGGACAAGGACCAGCUCACGCGUCAGAUGCAGGAAGGCACGACCCGCAACCUGGGCCAGAGGCUGUCGGACAUUGGCUUCUGGAAGUCCGAGCUGGGCUACGAGCUCGAUCGGCUUCGCACCGAGAACCACAGUCUGGAGACCGUCAAGCGGCGACUGGAGUGCGCGGCCGAGGAGGUGAACUGCCCGCUGCAGGUGGCCCUGGAGUGCCUGUACCACCGAGAGAAAAGAAUCGGGAUUGACCUGGUCCACGACAACGUGGAGAAAAACCUUAUUCGGGAAGUAGAUUUGCUAAAAUGCUGCCAAGAACAGUUGAGGAAAUUAGCUCAGAGGAUUGAUAUCCAGAUGCGGGACAACCGAGAUGCUCAGCAUGCCUUGGAGAGGGACAUCGAGGACAAGUGCUCGGCCCAGUUUAUCGACGAGAAGUGCUUCAACCUGAGGAAUACGUCGGACUGCCUCAGCUUCUUCCACGGCAUGGAGAAAGUCGACGGCACGAUCUCCGUGCCCGAGACCUGGGCCAGGUUCAGCAACGACAACAUCAGGCACUCGCAGAACAUGCGGGCCAACUCCAUCCGGCUGCGGGAGGAGGUGGAACACCUCAUGGAGAGCUUGUCGGACCAGAUGUGGAAGCAGUUCACCGACACCAACCUGGCCUUCGACGCCCGCAUCGCCGAGGUGACGGACGUGAGGAACCAGCUGCAGACACAGCUGGCCAAGACGCUGCAGGAGAUCUUCCAGGCAGAGAACACCAUUAUGCUGCUGGACAGGUCCAUCAUGGCCAAGGAGUGCCCGCUGAAGGUGGCGCAGAGCAGGCUGGAGUGCCGCACGCGGCGGCCCAACGUGGAGCUGUGCAGGGACAUCCCGCAGUUCAAGCUCGUGAACGAGGUGUUCACCAUUGACGACACCCUGCAGACCCUCAAGCUGAGGCUGCGGGAGACGCAGGACACGCUGCAGCUGCUGGUGAUGACCAAGUCCCGGCUGGAGCACGAGCUGGCCAUCAAGGCCAACACCCUCUGCAUCGACAAGGACAAGUGCAUGGGCAUGCGCAAGACCUUCCCCAGCACCCCGCGCCUCGUGGGCUACACCUGAGCCGCCGCUGGCCGCCGUACCCUGCUCCACGCUGGG